GACGUCACCUUCCUUGCUUCCCGCCAUUUUGUUUGUAAAUCGACCUUUCGUUCGAGAAGCAGCUUUCAUGUGGAAUUUCCAGUCAUGGCUGCGGCUAAAAUAUCUCUCGACAAAGAUGCUUUCUUCCGCAGAAUAAAGAGGAUUUAUGCUGCGUGGCAGAAGCCGGAUGGAACUGUGAAAGAAGAGAACGGAGUUGCUUUUCCAGAAGUUGGCUCUGUUGUGAUUGCCGUGGGUCAAGAUGAAGAUGUGAUUUACAGCAAAUCAACAGCUCUUCAGCAAUGGCUGUUCGGCUAUGAACUGGCAGACACUGUCACAAUACUGUGUAAGUCGACUCUCCAUGUCUUGGCAAGCAAGAAAAAAGUGGACUUCCUAAAGCCUUUGCAAGAUGCACAGAAAAAGGUGGAAGGCACCCCCACCAUCAAGCUUCAUCUCAGAGAUAAAUCUGAUGAAGACAAGGCCAACUUUGCCAAGCUAGUGGAAGAGAUGAAUGCCAGUGGAAAGGGCAAACAGGUUGGCGUUUUUAUCAAGGACACUUUUCAGGGUCAAUUCAUGGAUGGUUGGAAAACUGCAUUUGAGAAUGAAAGCUUUGAGAAGGUAGAUGUAAGUAAUGCCAUGGCGUUCAUAAUGGCUGUCAGAGAAGACUCAGAACUCGUCAAUGUGAAGAAAGCUGCCCAGGUCUCCUCUGAUAUAUUCAGUAAAUUCUUCAAGAACCAGAUCAUGGAAAUUGUUGAUGAAGAAAAGCGUGUGAAACACUCCAAGAUUGCGGACAGCAUAGAGGGUGCACUGGAGACUAAAAAAUACCUCCAGCCAGGAAUGGAUGCAGACCAGGUGGAGAUGUGCUACUCGCCAAUAGUUCAAAGUGGCGGCAAGUUUGCGCUCAAGUUCAGUACAGUAAGCAAUGACGAGAAGCUGAACUUUGGUGUUAUCAUCUGUUCUCUUGGUGUGCGCUAUAAAUACUACUGCUCCAAUAUCGUCAGGACGAUGAUGGUUCAACCCACAGAGGAGCAACAGGAGAUCUACACUUUUCUUGUUGCUGUGUUUGAUGUGAUUGUAGACAAGCUUCGACAUGACACCAAGCUCUGUGAUGUCUACAAUGCUGCCAUGCAGCAUGUUUCCAAAAACAAGCCAGAUCUGCAGUCAAAGUUUGUGAAAAAUAUUGGGUUUGGGACAGGAAUAGAAUUCAGGGAAGGAUCACUACUCAUCACUCCCAAGAACACACACCUCGCCAAGAAAGGCAUGGUGUUCAACAUCAGCGCAGGUUUCUCAGGUCUUGUUAACAGCCAGGCAGGAGAUGAUGUCAACAAGAACUAUGCUCUAUUUAUCGGUGACACACUUCUAGUUAAUGAGGGAUCUCCCGCAACCAUACUUACACCUGCAAAGAAAAAAAUUAGCAAUAUUGGAAUAUUCUUAAAGGAUGAGGAAGACGAGGAGGAGGAGAAAGAAGAAAAUGGAGAGGCCGAAGAGGACUACCUAAAGACGAGAGGAGCUGUACUUGAAAGCAGAACAAGGACUGAAAUGACGGCUGAAGACAAAAGGAGGGCACACCAGUUGGAGCUUAAAGAGCAGCUCCAUGAGGAAGCUAGACGGCGACUUUUGGAGUCCAAGGGAGACUCUGUCAAGCCUAUCAAGAUGAAGGCAUCUAACGUGGCCUAUAAGCAUGCGACAUCCAUACCAAGGGAACAUGAUGUGCGAGAGCUGAGAUUGUUUGUUGACAAGAAGCAUGAAGCAAUAAUCCUACCUCUAUUUGGAAUAGCUACUCCUUUCCACAUUUCCACCAUCAAGAAUAUCAGUUCCAGUGACGAAGGUGGCUAUACUUAUCUCAGAAUCAAUCUCUAUUGCCCUGGAAGUUCUGUUGGUCGUCUUGAGGGAAACCUAUUUGCUCAGCCAGAGGCAACAUUCGUCAAGGAAAUAACAUUUCGGAGCUCAAACACAAAGACGCCUGGAUCUGCUUUUCCUCCGGCUCAAAACCUGAACACAGCCUUCCGACUUAUCAAGGAGGUCCAGAAGAAAUUCAAAACAAGAGAAGCAGAAGAACGAGAAAAACAGGGUGCAGUCCAACAAGGUACUCUUCUUCUAAGCAACACCAAGGGUAACCCUAAACUGAAAGACCUGUACAUUAGACCCAGCAUCACGCAGAGGAAAACGCCGGGGAUGUUAGAAGCACACACAAAUGGUUUUCGUUUUUCAACAUUCCGUGGUGAACAUGUGGAUAUCAUCUAUGGGAACGUAAAGCAUGCUUACUUCCAGCCGUGUGAUGGGGAAAUGAUUAUUCUCAUUCACUUCCAUCUCAAGCACCCAAUUAUUAUUGGAAAGAAAAAGUACAGAGACAUCCAGUUUUACACUGAGGUCGGAGAGAUCACAACAGAUCUGGGUAAACACCAGCAUAUGCACGACAGAGAUGACCUGCAAGCAGAACAGGCUGAGCGCGAGCUGAGACAAAGACUUAAAGCCGUCUUCAAAAACUUCAUUGAUAAAGUGGAGGGUAUAACCCACGGUCAGGUGGAGUUUGACGUCCCCUUCAGGGAGUUAGGGUUCUCUGGCGUUCCGUUCCGCAGCACUGUGCUCCUACAGCCCACUACUCACUGCCUGGUCAACCUCACGGAACAGCCUUCCUUUAUCAUAACACUGGAUGAAGUGGAGCUUGUUCAUUUUGAGCGCGUCCAGUUCCAUCUGAAAAACUUCGACAUGGUAUUUAUUUUCAAAGACUACCAUCGCAAGGUGGAACACAUCAACGCCGUGCCCAUGACGUCACUCGACAGCGUCAAGGAGUGGCUUAACUCCUGUGAUAUCAAAUACACUGAAGGUAUACAAAGUUUGAACUGGGCCAAGAUCAUGAAGACCAUUAACGAGAAUCCAGAAGAAUUCCUGGAAAAUGGUGGUUGGAGUUUUCUGGAUCCUGAUAGUAGUGGAGACGAAGCAGGCAGCGACGAUGAACCAGAAAGCGAGUACGCGCCCUCCGGAUCCGAUGCCGCUGAGUCUGAGGAAGAUGAGGACUUUUCUUCAGAAACAGAGACCUCUGAGGAGGGAUCAGAUUUCGAAGAAGAUCUCGGAAGUGAGGAAGAGAGCGGGAAAGACUGGUCCGAGCUGGAGGAGGAAGCCAUUCAAGCUGACCGUGAUAAGGGUGAAUAUCGAGAACACGAAGUUUCUACCAAGAAGAAACGCAAGAAGCCUUCGACCAAGUCGCCCUCACCCAAGAAGAAACGCCGCCGCCGCUAAACUGAACAGCUUUGUAUAAUUCCCCAGGACAAACAGAUCUUUUAAACGCAGCUAAAAGUCUCAAUGCGAACAGCGCCGAGAAAAAACUUCAACAUAAAAAAAGCAUGAAAAUUCUGUAGUUUGUGAAAGCUUUGACUCUGGAUGCUGGAGUUUGCUAACUUGGGAGAAAUCAGCCGCGUACAAAGAGGAGUUGGGGGGAGGGGUUUUAGUCAAAUGUAUCAUAUAGACGUGUCUAGACAUGUGGAUGAACGAACGAUCCCGUCACCUUUGUAUAAUAACCUGCUAGUUACCCAGGCUCUUGAUAAACAAUUGAGCGCUCCAACCUUUCACCGCAGACAUACCAACGUCAAGCCCAAGGUUUUGUAACACAUUGGGCCUCCUUUGUUGUUUCUACCACAGGUUACCCAGCUAAAAAUUCAUACAUAUCUAGGUUUUGAAGAACAUCGUGGUAUUGCUACCACGGGUUACCCAGUAAAGACUCUAGCAAAGGCCACGCAUCACUGCAGCGGCGUAGCCAGGAUUUUUAACAGGUGGGGGCCAAAAAGGAACUUUCAAGGCAUUUUCUCCUGUAUUUUAAAUAAUGUCUCAUACAUUUACUGUAUUUUUGGCUGCUUAAAGGGGGGGCCUAGGCAACCCCCCUGGCUACGCCUAAGCACUGCCUUCAUGUAACAGUGUUACGGAAAGCUAAGCAGUUAACCUCAUGUAAGGUCGUCUUGAUGUACCAUGAUGUGGUACUUCAAGAUCGAGGGUCGAACCCUUUCUUGCGUGUUUUAGUACGCACAAGCAGUUCUUAUGUACAUUGUGAUUUGACAAAUUUACUCAGACAUUCUA